AUGAUGAAUAUUCAGCCUCUAUUGACUGAGGAGGAGCGUGCUUUAGCAACUGAGAUCAUUGACCGCAAGCCUGUAGCAAUGACAUUGUCCGAGGCUUCUUCUGACUUAUCGCCAGCCGCUUGCAAGCCGUCGGAGGCAGCUGAGCCGGCAACGCCAACUGAAGAAAAGCUUGAAAUACAAGGAUCCGCAAGCUCCUCACCGGUUCGACACAAGCACCAGGCCAAGGCACCCUUCGAUGGUUCAAGCGUAGGCCUAGCCGGUGGACUUACAAAAGCUACAGGUCGUGCUAUAACAAAUUGGGCCAACGCUGCUGUGGAUCCGAAUGAAUUUUUCCCCCAAAUCGAACGGAUUGAUGAAGAACAUCCGGAGAUGAGCAAUGCACUGGUUCUUCCAAAUGAGGAACCGGCCUCAAUGAGCCUCCAGCCAGAAGAGACAGUAUCUGGUGAAGUCAAAAUUCUCGAGCCGGAUGGAUCGGUAGAACCUGCGGAUUGGCAAGCUGGACUGUUAGAACAUUUGACGCGGGAAGGAGUCCUCGACAUGAUUGUGACGGGAGUAAAGCAAAAGGUUGACAUGCAUGCGGCCGAGAGGCCAAUCCGAGCAGAUGAUGAGAUAUUAGCGAUCCCGGCCGAGUGUAGCCUACGAGAUUUAGACAAAAAGGCUGAAGCAAGAAAAGGCAGGGCAGACGCCGACGACAUUCGAAGGGCAGCCGAGGAGCUUCUAGAAGCGCUAGACGAUGAAGUGACUGUCGAACCUUGCAGACAAGGUGAUAGCUGGUGUUUGUUUUUACACUUUUACACAAACCACGAGCACCAAACCUAA